AAUGUUGUAGAAUCUAGCGGUCGUGAUUUCUUUCAAAUUAAAGUGCAGCCUGUAAAGUGCUGCGCUCUUAAAUUUAAAAUAUACUAAGUAUUUUGAAUGCGCGAAAGGUUAACCAUGAAGAAUUUCAUCUGUAAAUCCUUGCUUUGUAUUUUAAUAUGUCUCAGUUCAACUCUUGCAUCAGAUAGUAAAAUUAUUACAAAUGAAGAAGAACCUGGAAGAGGAGUUAUAUUAACACCAGGGCAAGAAUUAGUAUUGCAGUGUAAUAACACUGAUGAUCUCUCAGCUAAAAUACAGUGGGAAAAGAAUGGUAUGGCAGUAAAUACAACUGAUCCACGAAUACGAUUAGAAGCUAAUACACUGUCAAUUGAGAAAAGUAUUGAAAGUGAUUGUGGUAAUUACACAUGCAUAUCUGGUGAUGCCCAUGCAACUAUUGUAGUUAGAAGUAUUGUGAAACUGGGACCUUUUGAUAGUUCACGUAAUGUAGUUCAAGGUCAGCCCAUUGUUUUAGUCUGUAAUGUCACUCAAGGCAUACCUCUACCUACUUUACAAUGGCUUAAAGGUAAUAACUUGCUUAAUCUGUCUGAUAGCAGAAUCGAAAUAAAAUCAGAUGCUCGAGGAAUUGAAGGCACUGAACUUAUAAUAGCAGAUGCCCAGUUUGAUGACAGAGCAAAUUAUACUUGUAUUGCCUCAAACGAAAUUAGUACUGCAAAUGCUUCAAUUUUGGUUAGAGUUAAAGAUAAAUAUGCUGCUUUGUGGCCUUUCCUGGGAAUCUGUGCUGAAGUUGGUGUACUUUGUACAAUCAUUUUUAUUUAUGAAAAGAGAAGGCAGAAGCCUGAUUUUGAUGAAUCUGAAACUGAACAUAAUACUGAAAACAGAAAUAUUCCAGAUCAAGAUGAAAAAUCUCGUGAUGUGAGGCACCGUAAAUAAUUUCAUAAGCUACACCAUUCUUACAUUACCUUUGUUUUUAUAUUUAUAUCUGUAUACACAUAUUAACAUUUACAUAUGUAUGUAGAAAAGAUCUUAUUUUUUGUACAUUUUCUUAGUUCAUUCAAUAAAAUGCCUUUCUGCUAAAUUGAUAGUCAAUUUAUUAAAAUAUAUGUAAAAAAGAUACUUUUUAAUUUUCUUGCUUUAAGUAAAAUAUUAGUUGUAUUCUUGUACUUUCUGAUUACGUAACAUCUUUUAUAAUAUAUUUCUUGCAACCUAAGUUAAUGCACUUAUAAGAAUAAUUCAGAAUUGUUGAUUAUAUUACAACAGUUGACAUUCUGCAUCGAAUUUCCUUAUUUAAGUUCUGUUUCAGUUGUGUUUGUGACAAAUUAUUUUAAAGUACAUAAUUUUUUACAUUUAAAUGCUACUGAUAAGACCCAACAUUUAAAGUUUGGAUAUGAUGUUUUGCUUUGGUUUGACAGUUAUAAUAUUGAAAUAUGUUGUCUCCUGUCUUCAGGAUCACCUAUGAGAUAUUUUUCAUUAGUGUCACAUUUUUUUGUGUUUAUAAAGUGUAGUGCAUUGCACAGAAAUCUGAAAUUAUCUGAAAAUCCAGUUAAAAAAUUGUUAGUUUAUUACCUACUCAAAAGAUAUAGUAUUUUAAUCAAAUUGUGCAGUUGCAGUUGACAAUUAUAAACAUGUGUUCAUUGAUUUUCAUAGUAAAAUAUAUUCAAUAAAAAUGGUGCAGCUAACUCUUUCAGUUCCUGUCAUAGAUCUGGAAGUAAAAGUAUUUAUUCUUAUUUGGAGAGUAUCUAAUUUUGUGUAAUAUUUUUUGGGGAAGAAGACAACAAAAUAUAGUUUUUGAUUUUACAGUUUGGAAUGUGCGAUGUGAUAUGUUAAUUUUUUGGCUAUUUUUAGUUUAUGAAAUAUUAACUAUAUCUUUUCUGGGAAAGGAGAAUAACAUAAGAUUUAAUAAUUUUUAAAAUUAAGUAUUAAAAAAAUGCAAAGUUUAUUUUAAUUUUUUUAUCCUGAUUGUGAAUUUCCAAUCCAAAUGCAAAUAUAGUGUAGUCUUUCAUUAGUAGAAUUGCAUAAUAUAUUCAAAUUUAUUGCUUUUGUAUAAAACUGUGUAUUACGUUUAAAUUAAUGAUAAAAUGUUUGUCUGUAUAUAUUUGAAAUUAAAACUGAUUUAUUUGAGCAGAAAUUUUCUACAGGUAUAUGGCUUUGUUAAUGUUUAAAGUUAUUUUAAUGUAGUUCUGUAAUUUUCUAAAGGGGAGAGGGCAUUAAGUGUAGCCUUAUAGUUAUUAUUUCAAGUUGACUUUUUAAAAAUGAAUUGGAAAUAAAGAUACCAUGUUUAAGGUAUACAAUAUGACUUUGUAUUUCCAAAUGUAUUAUUUUAUAUCUUUGAAUUAGAAAUAUGCUUGUAUACAGUAGGAGUACAUUUCUUCCUAUCUGCAUAUAAUUACUGUACAUGAGUCAUGUACAGUAAUUAUAAUAUAAAUGUAUCUGCAUAUGUGUUUAAUUUUUAAGUUUAUCUGACAUAUGUUGCUUAGUUUAUAGUAAUCAAAUUAUUCACAGACUGUCAUAAAUUUCUUUGAAUUACUGGCAGCUUUAAAUUUUAUAAAGAUCUCUUAUUUGGUUAUGUGUAUUAUGUGAUGCUGUUUGAUUAUUAUUAAUGUCAUUUUUGUAUAAGUUAUUCCUUUUUUAUAACAGUCAAAGUUUUUGUAAUGAGAAAAAAGGUUGGAAAUAAUGAAAAAUCAGCGUGUCUAUUUCAAAAGUAAUGAAUAAAAUGCACUUGUAAGAAUAAUUGAGAAUUGACGAUUAGUAGAUAUGUUUAAAUGAACUAUGCUGUAGUAUGAUGAACUGACAAGAAUAUAUGGAAGAUCUUCUAGUUAAUGUACCCAUGUAUUGAAGUGGACUAAAUAUUAAUUCUUUAGAGCCUAAAUAUAAAUGCUGCAUGUCGGAUUUUUUGGGGGGUGUAUGCAACGGUAAUAUUUAAUAUAUUUGCUCAUCAACCUUUUGUUUUUUAACUUCUAUAUUUCUCUUCUAUAUAUCUAUAAAAUUAAAAAUUCAAACACAGAAAUUUAGUCCUCUUGGUGUGUGAAAUCUUCAUACUUCAUGUUGAACCACUUGAUGUCACAUAAGAUUUUCGCACCCUUAUGAAAAUUAGUUUCUAAAUUGUUAAACGCAACUUGCAUAAAGGUUCAUAGUACCUUUAUGGUGGGAUACAAGUGGAAUGUAGUUUGCUGCUUUGAUUAGGAAAGAAAAAAAAAUCUUUGCAUAUCAGUGUCCUGACAAAGGUUCAUAUGCACUCUUACGAAAGGUGGAGUUUUUUGUAGAAAUUGAUUUGUGCAAGGGUCUGCACAGGGCCUUUUUGUCCCAGAGCAUCCUUUUAAAAGCUUAUAUUUAAAAUUGUGUCCAAUUAAUAUAAUAAGGAUAUUUCAUUAUGAAGGCAUGGUGAUGGUUCAUCAUUAUGCCAAUAUAAUGAUGGUACAUAAUUUUUAAGAAUAUAUGAAAGGUGUGUCUUUCAUAUAUUCUUCAAAUAUUUGAGGCUGUUGUUUUUGUUCCAUGGAAAAACUGAAAUUGCAGCAUGAUCUAGACUAGUGAAACAAUCCUUUUAUGAUGUCUCUUUGUGUGUGCAAGAACAAGCUCUUGUUGAGUGCAUAGGGGCAAUGUAGUUUAAUUGUUCGAUUUGUAAAAGUUUUUAAGUAUAUUUUUCCAUAGUUUAGGAUGUUGAAGAAAUUGACUGCAAUUCAUGCAUAUUAGUGUAUUGUACAGUUAGUUACCUUUACAUCUUGCUUCAUUCUUUUAUUAUUGUUAUUAUUAAUGUUUGCAUAUGAAAUAGUUUAUACUUCAUGAGUUCGUGUUUUCUUGUGAGUUAUAAUCUGUGAUUUAAUAUGUCAUAUGUUUAAAUGUAAAAAAGGGGGGCUAUGUAGAUAAUUUAUAUUUUUUGCCUUUGACUGCAUUAUAUUGUAUAUUUAUCUGCUUUGUGGUAACAAAUUUCUGGUGCUGUUGAACUUGACAGAAUUAAAAUAUAAGAAAUAAGUAUAUUGUUGUCCAAAAUAUGAUGGUUUGUUAGCAUGUUUGAAAUAUUGGUUGCCAUAUAAUUAACUUAUACUUGAAAUAACUAUGCAAGUGUGUCAAAUUUUUCUGUGCAUCUUAUACACACAUAUAUAUAUAUAUAUCAGUUCAAUUUGUAAAUAUAGCAGUAACUUAAUUUGACUUAGUUAUUAGUUAUAGGAUUAAAAAUUUGCUUAAUGUUGAAGAAUUGCCAAUUUCUUGCCAAAACUAAAGUAAAACCAUCUUUGAUUUCUUUUUUAUAUCUUUUUACUUUAUUAGUAUUGAUAUAAAUUUUAUUAGCAAAGAUUGACUUCAGGUAGCUUUAAUAACAUGGGAAUUAGAUAUUGACUGUGGAGAAUUCAACUUAAUCAUAUUUAAUUUCAUUUUACUAGGAAGCAUGCUCGAAAAGAUACUUAAAAGGGCUUAAUGUAAAGAAUAUUUACAUAUUAUAUAAAUAUGUAUUAUAUAUUGUUUCAAUAAAUAGAAAGUUCUAUUAUACAA